GAUUUGUUUACUUCCUAUCGGUCCUCGCGGGACACGAUGAUGAUGCGCGCGCGGUCAUGGUCCAAGCAGAGGGGGAUGCCCGGGAUGCGCACUUCCUAUCUAUCUAUCUGCGUGAGUUCAAAGAGUAACAUGAAUACAAUCGUUUAUACGCAGCGCUGUUGUUGCCUUUCUCCUAGCCUCCUUUAAGCCACGCCAGGGGAAUUAUGUGAGCCGUCAGGGCCCUCUAUGAUACGCGUGGUUCUGGAGGUGUGUGUGCGCGUGUGCACGUGUCUCUGUCCCGGCCUCCUCCCUGCUGCGCCGUGAUGCCUCCUCGGGAACUACCCGAGAUUCCUCGGCCUGGAGAGGGCGUGGCUGGCACAUCUGGACCGACUGGCUGCUGUCGUGGGUAAACUGCUCCGGUUUUGGUUGUGCCACGAUUCGAUAGCUGUGGAAUAGACUGUAUCCCGCCACACGGGGCCACAUUCAGAUGGGAACGCCCUUCUUCUCCCGGGAGCCAACUCGACCGCCGCCCCUCCUCGCUUCCGGUUUCGCCCCGCUCCACUUGCGCACUACCUUCGUGAAACGGCGUUGCCAUAGUUACAAAUAACAGGCGUUUGAUAAGGAGCGUCUGAACUUCCUCCUCGGUCCCAGUGAGCGCGCGCUGUCAACAGAGCGAGAGACUGAGCCGAGAUCACCGCGCGCCACUUACGCACAUCUGCAAGCCACUUCAGCUACUUGAGGAUAAGUAGAAGCUGUUUCGGGGUGUGUGUGUGUUUUAUCUCCGUGUGCAUCUCCCGGUAACUAUGCAGAAUAGAGGGACGUUUAUCAGCCCUUUCUCCAGACCGCGCUGCGUGGCGGCGGCGUCGGAGAAAACGAAACUAACUCAUCCGGGAAAGGCGAUUCUUGCAGGCGGCCUCGCAGGCGGCAUAGAGAUCUGCAUCACAUUCCCUACAGAGUACGUCAAGACCCAACUUCAACUGGACGAGAAGGCUAAUCCUCCCAAAUACAGAGGAAUAGGUGACUGUGUGAAACAGACGGUUCAGGGUCAUGGUGUUAAGGGGCUGUACAGAGGACUCAGCUCCCUAGUAUACGGAUCCAUACCCAAAUCUGCAGUCAGGUUCGGGGUGUUUGAGUUCCUCAGCAAUCACGCGAGGGACGAGUCCGGUCGACUGGACAGCACCAGAGGCCUGUUCUGUGGGCUGGGAGCGGGGAUCCUGGAGGCUGUCGUGGUGGUCUGCCCAAUGGAAACUGUCAAGGUUAAAUUCAUCCAUGACCAGACUUCCGCAAACCCCAAAUACAAAGGCUUCUUCCACGGAGUCAGAGAGAUUAUCAAAGCACAAGGAAUAAGAGGGACAUAUCAGGGUCUCACUGCAACGGUCCUCAAACAAGGCUCCAACCAAGCCAUUCGAUUCUAUGUAAUGACCUCGCUCAAGAACUGGUACAAAGGUGACGACCCAAACAGAGCCAUGAAUCCCCUGGUGACUGGGGGGUUCGGAGCCGUAGCCGGAGCAGCCAGUGUCUUUGGGAACACUCCUCUAGACGUCAUCAAGACGAGGAUGCAGGGUCUGGAAGCACAUAAAUACAAAAGCACAAUGGACUGUGCUACAAAGAUCCUGAGACAUGAGGGCUUGGCAGCUUUCUACAAAGGGACCGUCCCCCGGCUGGGCCGGGUGUGUCUGGACGUGGCCAUAGUGUUCAUCAUCUACGAGGAGGUGGUGAAGGUCCUGAAUGUGGUCUGGAAGACGGACUGAGCCGACUGAGGAGAGGCAGCUCCCUGCUUCAUAUCACGCAUCACAUGGGGAGUUUUUUUGCUGAACUGGGAUCAGGGUGUAUGCUAACCAGUGAGUUAAAGAGCGCGCAGGCGAGGAUCCGCAGAGAAGAAAGAGCGCCUCAAAAGAGGCUUGUGUGUCACACAGUGUGCCAGUGUAGAGGUGGGAUUAUAAAGUUAAGACAAAUAACAGCAAAAUAUGCUUCAUCCUAUACAUACAUCCUUUAUUCACCAUUUAAUUUUAUAUGUGACACUAGGAUGUCCAACAUGAUUCCUUUUACAACAACCUUUUUGCAGACAUAUAAGUAGGUUAUCUGGCUCACUUUGUAAAAUACCCUCAUAUCUUUUCUAUUCAGACAGGUGUUCUACUGCUGCCUACCCUGAGUAUGCAUGCGUCAUACUGGAACUUUCUAGGGUUAGCAGGUGUGGCUCUCUGCUUCUUCGUAAGCCUUAUAUGGUUUUGAAACCAGAGGAACCAGAGUGCACAUAAACUGCAGCAAAAUCUAUAAGCCUUUACUAGUUUAAGUUUAAAUGUGUCAAUUAUUUUUUAUACAGUAUAGAUUCUUAUUUGGUCUAUUGCCAACAUUGUAGUGUAAUUACAAAGUAUGAUACAUUUUAUUCCUGUGCCAAAUUUUGAACCUGUGUUCAGAGUAGCCUGGUGAUCGUAACAAGAGAAUAUAUGACUUGUAUUGUGACAUUGGUUAUAAAUGUAUUUAUUGAACGAUGAAUGUUUAAUGUGGACACGGUUGAGGAUUUUAAAAUCCUGUGACCAGGUCCGGGUGUCAAGGUGUUUUUAAUGUUGGGUAAAAUAUUUUAUUUCGGUAUUUCAGUCUAAAUGACCCAAAUACAUUUAAGUCACCAACACUAAGGUACGUCAGACCUCUUUUUAACCCCUUAAAAGGAGCCACCCAAACAAAAGGUCCUCUGCUCACUCGUGAAGCAGAUUUCAUAUGUUCCCCACUUCAGUGAUACAGGAUAUGAAAGAAAGAAGAGAAUUAUCCUUCUGCUGGACCCAUUUAUUCAUUUUUUUUCAGGAAGUCGCUCUCGGUUGGAGCUCCUCCCAAUUCGUUGAAAUAAUAUUUAACCUAUGAGGAGAGUCGCUGCUUUGUUAAUGUUAAGGUCUUUUCAAAGUGCCUUUUGCUGAGAAACAUCCACUCAACAGUUGCAAUGUGUCUAUUACUGUAAUAGUUGUAACAAUAUGCUGAUGGAUUUUCAUCUUUUUCUGUUUGGCCAAACAAAAUGCUUUUGUUCCUUGCUGCCAAAUAGCGAUGAUAAAUGUAAUUGUCACAGCGAAUCAAUGUACUCACGCCUGUGUGUGUUCUUUCUUUGUGACUUGUGCAAUAAAUACCGCCCCUCCAUUUGUCUGCACUUAACGUAGAGUCCUCUGUUAUUCCGGGGAGUGGCAGGGAGGGGGCGAUUCAAAAUUCAAUAAAACAAACAUCUAAAAAAUUGA